AUGGACUCGCCAUCAUAUCCACCAAAGCCAUACUCUUGUGUGAUCUGCCACAACAGAAAGGUCAAGUGUGAUCGCAAAGAGCGAUGCUCAAAUUGUGCAAAGGCCAAUGUAGAAUGCAUAUAUCGUCCACCGCCACCACCGCGUCGUCGCAAGAGAGAGCGUGGCGCGAGUGCAAGCGCGUCUCGGGAACGCGACAAGUCACUUCGGCGAAUGACGCCGGAGCCUCCCCGACUUGAUCAACUCAGCAAAUGCGCAUCACCGGCUAGGAAUCAGCCGUCCAAGGUGGAAUCCAAGCGGAAAUCAUCGGGAAGGAUGAUUAUGAGGGAAGGAAAUUCCCUUUAUCUCGAUAAUACCCUUUGGACAAGUGUUAGCUAUGAGCUACCGGAUGCCGCAGGUAUUCUAGAUAAUACAUCCGAUAGUCGCAAUGUUGACUUGUCUCAAGAAGAGGAUAUCAAUGAACCCAUGAUGCUCAUGGGGCUUGCGACUCAAGAGAGCCUCACCAUAAUACACCCAAAACCUUUGCAUAUAUUCAAACUGUGGCAGACGUUUCUUGAAAACGUCAAUCCCUUGAUCAAGAUUUUGCAUACACCAACUCUUCAGCCACAGAUACUAGAGGCCACUGGUGAUCUCCCAAAAAUAUCGAAAGAGCUAGAGGCGUUGAUGUUUGCCAUCUACUGCAUUGCAUUGGUAUCAUUACAGGCUACCGAGGUCGAAAGAUCGUUCGGAGAGAGCAAAACGAAGCUCCUGUCAAGAUGCCGACGAGGAGCUCAGCUGGCUCUGAGCAACGCCUCGUUUCUUCGGACCUCCAACCUCAUGAUCUUGCAGGCAUUCGUGCUUUACCUAUUGUCAAUGCGUGCAUUAUCUGACCCACAUACCACCUGGACUAUGAGCGGUGUUGCCUUACGAAUUGCCCAGAGAAUGGGCCUUCAUCGAGAUGGUUCUGGAUACGGACUGAACGAAUUUGAAUGCGAGAUUAGACGCAGGAUAUGGCUUCAACUAGUGAUUAUCGAUUCCACAUGUGCGCAGUUCUGUGGUGUCGCUUCCAGUUCAUUGCCUGCUAAUACCGAUACCAAGCCACCGAUGAACAUAAACGAUAGCGAUCUGGAUCCGCGCAUGACGGAGGCACCCCAUGAAAAGCAGGGUCCAACGGAAAUGAUAUUUUGCCUUGCUCGUAGCGAGUUCGGCAGAUGGCUUAGUUCCUGGAGCAAGGAUGUAGGCCCCUCCAAUUCUCCUUGGGCUUUUCUAUCUUCUUCAUCGAUGUCGCUCAGACAAAAAGAUAGGGCCAUCGAUGAACUUGAGAGCACCAUGGAGAAGAAAUUUCUGCAAUACUGCGAUCGGUCCAUUCCUCUUCAUCUGGCUACCAUAGGGAUGGCUCGCUCAGCCAUACAUUAUACCAGACUUACAGCGCAUCAUCCACGGCAAUAUCAAGUCUGCCAGGAUGAAAUCCCACCGGGUGAAAAGGACAUUAUUUUUGAAAAUUGCCUGAAGAUGGCUGAAUAUGCAGACUACCCUCAAACCAAUCCCGACGUCCAACGAUUUGGAUGGCACACUACGCACCACAUGCCUUGGGACGCGAUGAUUUUCAUGCUGUCCGAAAUGCGCUUUCGAACAGACCCAGAAGAGAAGAGCAAGGUCUGGGAGCUCGUCGGCAAUAUUUAUUCUCGCCAUGUUGCUCAAACACGAAAUGGUGCAGUGAUGCCUCUUCACCUGGCCUUGCAAAAUCUUAUGGUUAAGGCCUGGAAAGUGUAUACCGAGGAGUGUGACAAUCAGCAUCGUGCCCCAACCCCAUGUCCGACCAUACUUGCUACUUUAAUUGGCAACAAAGGUGACACCGAGUCACAAGCGAGACAGCAAACAAACAUUUCUAUAGAUGAAUUUCAUCAAGAGGCACCAGAGGACAACGGAGAUUUUGAUCUUUUGUUUCAAGAUAGAAGCUCAAUGGAUUGGAAUGAGUGGGAUGGUCUUUUAACUCAGUUCCAGGCAUCGCUAAUGGACGACAUUGUUAACUUCACAAAUCUUUGA